AGCUGAGAACUGUAAUCACGUUUGAUUUCUUGCAUUUCACAUAACUCUGACUGUGCAACGUGUGCAGCCGAAGCCCUCAGCCAGUUCUCUCAUUGAGCAUGAACCUCAGUCUUCCCGACCAGAACAUGCACAACUCAAGCGAAGGCUGCCUAGAGGACGAAAAACCUGACGUCAUGUUGCCUUGCUUCCGCAGAAACAUGUAUGACGAGCCUCUGGCCUCGUACUCCAGCGGAUCCAUCAUCUCUCAACUCCUCCGCAAGACGAUCCACAGCAAGAGGGCACUAGAUGAAAGCCAUUUCUACCUAUCCAGCACAACUGCAGCUGACUCCGGCCAGGAGGACCAGUGCAGCGUCUCCUCAAAGGACAGCACGGUGGAGGCUGCCUCUCCCAGUGGACAUGUUUCCACAGGAGCCAGCCCGGAGGGGGAGCAUCCCAUGACUGACCACCUGCAGGCCAAAAGAGCCAGAGUAGAGAACAUUAUCAGGGUCAUGGCGGGCUCUCCCAACAGCAGGCAGCAUGGAGACAGUGAGAGGUCUGACACAGAUGGGAGAGACACCAGGGAGGCCAGAGAAGCGUACAGGGAGAACAAACGUAAGCAGCGACUGCCUCAGCAUCAGGAACACAGUGUUGGAGGACCUGCAAGCAGACGACCCGGAAGCAGCAGUAGUGAUAACUGCAACAGCAAGGAUGAGGAGUGUCACAAACUCAAAGAGCAGCUCCACAGCAUGCAAAGGCUCCUGCGUCAGCUCCAGGAAAAGUUCCUUCAAGUUUACAACCAGGAAGACACUGAACACAACAACAGAGAUGAGGCCGAAGUCGCCGUUGAGCACCACACCCUGGGAGAAAGCACAGAGUCUCUCUAUGUAAGCACUGAAGAUGAUUUUGAGAGGAAGAAUAGCAGAGUGACUGCAGACUGUAAGGACCAAAUGAAAGUCGUUGGUUAUCUGUUACACCAGAGAGAAAGUCAGAACCUGCAGGAAACCCUGAAGCAGGAGCUCUCGAGGGCUGUGAAUGACUGUGUGGACAGGGUGUUCAAGAAGGCGUCCUCCACAGGGCUGGACAUGUCCCCCCAGCAGCGCAUGUGCUCAUCUCCAGAGAUGCAGAUCAGCAUGAGUGCAGACAGGAAAAGCCAGCAGGCCAGCUCCAACCAGGAACAGCCCCAGGCUGAGGAGGCCGCAGUGAAACCCCGCUCUUUGGAGUAUUAUGAAAGCUCUGAGGCUCAAAGCCCACAGGACCAGACGGAGGCGCUGUCACUGGUGGUCCGCAAGCCGGCAGUAGCCCCUCUGAGCUCUGUCACCCCGACAGUGAAGAGGCCCUACCCUGUGCACCAGACACCAUUUCAGUUCAAUUACAGCACCCCUCUGCAUGACAGUCAGAUCCUCGAGCAUCUCCUUAAGUACGGGCCCCAUUCCAACUUCGGGGGUCUCCCUUGCAUGCCCCCAUCAAUGGACAGGACCUCCCCAGACUCAGUGGACCUGCCCUGGGACACCAUCGCCAUGAGGUCCAAGGUGACAUCCAGCCACCUCGGCCACCACCCUCGUCCCUCCACCCUGGGGGCGGUGACGGUUGACAAUCUGUGCCUCCCUCACGUCAAGAUCGAGUGUGGUGAACUGCAGAGCAUGGCUGAACGAAACCCCUACAUGUCACUCAACAUCCAGGAGGGUCUCACCCCGAGCCAUCUGAAGAAGGCAAAGCUAAUGUUCUUCUACACCCGCUACCCCAGCUCCAACGUGCUGAAAACCUUCUUCCCUGAUGUCAAGUUCAACCGCUGCAUCACUUCUCAGCUGAUCAAGUGGUUCAGUAACUUCAGGGAGUUCUACUACAUCCAGAUGGAGAAGUUUGCCCGCCAGGCCAUUGUUGACGGCAUCAAGGAUGUCAAAGACAUUACAGUUAGCAGGGACUCAGAGCUGUUCCGGGCACUGAACAUGCACUACAAUAAAGCCAAUGACUUCCACGUUCCAGACAGAUUCCUGGAGGUUGCUGAGAUCACCUUGCACGAGUUUUACAGUGCCAUUUCUGCAACCAAAGAUUCAGACCCCUCUUGGAAAAAGGCCAUAUACAAGGUGAUCUGUAAACUGGACAGCGACGUCCCCGAUGAGUUCAAGACAUCCUCCUAUUUAUAGGCUGAAGUGGAGGAUUGUAACAGUGAAGGAGCUGGAGUUAGUCACUUGACAGUAUUAUUUCAUCCUUUCUUGUAGUGCAUUUUAGUGAGGUGAAAUGUAGAUGUUGGAUAAUUAAUCAUUUUGUAGACCUGUAAAAACACACACAGUCACAUCAUUUGAAAUAUUGAUAAGCUAUCUAUAGUCUAAAAUGCUGUAUGUUCUACUUUUACCGACAAGCAAUCAUCGAUAAAUAUUAAUGCUGUUGUGGUUUAUUCUAUUGUUUAGUGUUUUCUCGUAUUAUCUGCCUCAACAUUUAGAGUUACUGAGUUUGUAGGUGUGUAAAAACUGUUUACAAUGUGUUAUCAAUCUUUUUUGAUUUCAUGAAACUGUAGUGUAGCUUGAUUUAGCUUAACUGAAAUAGUUUUUUGGCAUUACUGUCAGUAUUAGUUGCUUUUAAUUCCAUUUUGUGUGUGUGUGUGUUUGUGUGUGUGUGUGUGUGUGUGUGUGUUGUGUAAAUGUACAUGAGCUGCUGUUGUUUGUUGCAAAAUGUUCCAUGAUUAUGUUGUAUACUUUUAGCUUGACAGAAUGUGCAUGUGGAAAUAAUGCAAGUGGCUAUUAUGGGUUUUAUUAUCAUGUAUAAAGAUCAUGUAAAGUACAAUCAUUUUCAGAUAUUUCAUUCACAGACAUUGUACUGGAUGAUUAUUGAAAUUAAA